GAUUAUUUGGUGCAGAUACGACACGAUAUAUAAAAUCUGCAAAAUGACAAGUAACUUUAGUCGAAAUAAAUCAACAUGCGCGUACUUUUCCUGUUUGCGACAAUUCUUGUCGCGGCUGUCCUAGCCGUUGACCAAGAAACUCAUCCCACCAUGCAAGGGAUGCAGAGUCUCUCUAUUUCAUACGAUACGCCCGAACAAUUUUCGUUGCUGAAAAAUUACGUGGACGAUCCUGGAUUCGAUUUUGUAAGAAGCACAAACGAUCUCGUGGAUGUUCUGGUGACGGCGGACAAAAUCGAAGAGUUCAAACAACUCCUUGAGGAACACCGUAUGAAUUACACGGUUAUGAUCGAAGACGUUCAACAACUAGUUACAGAGCAGCUCAUCAAACAGGAAGUGGAGCGUAGAUUGCAAGCUAGAACUCAAGAUUAUGCUUCCGGAAGAUUAUCUUUCACUUAUUAUCCCAAUUACAAGGAAGUAAACGAGUACCUAACCUAUCUGACACAGACCUACAAGAACAUAGCCUCGUUAAUUACCAUAGGUAAUUCUUACGAAGGAAGGUCGAUGAAAGUUUUGAAGUUGUCGACUGGUGGCGCGAACAAGCCGGCCAUUUUCAUCGAUGCUGGAAUUCACGCCAGAGAAUGGAUCGCUCCAGCGACAGCUCUGUACAUGGUAGAUUUAAUGCUACAAAACCACAGAGAUCUCCUGACCAAGGUUGAUUGGUACGUCCUGCCAGUUUUGAAUCCAGAUGGUUACGAAUACACGCACAGCUCGUCAGCGAACCGAUUAUGGAGGAAAACAAGAUCGAACACGGGCUCGACUUGCAGGGGUGUCGAUGGAAACCGAAACUACGACAUGCAAUGGAUGACAACUGGCGCGUCCAAUAAUCCGUGCAGCGACACUUACGCCGGGCCUAAACCGUUCUCCGAAGUGGAGAACCAACACUUGAGGGAUUUCAUUUUGGCACGGAAGGGACAGAUCAAGGCCUACCUUACGUUCCAUUCCUACGGCCAGUACAUCUUGUACCCCUGGGGCUGGACAUCCAACGUGCCCGCUAACGAACCAGAGCUGCGUAAUCUUGCUAGCCAAUGUGCACAAGCUAUUGCCAAGUCUCGCAGAACUCGAUACACUUAUGGAACUUCAGCUAAUGCACUAUAUCCAGCUGCUGGCGGCAGCGACGACUGGGCUCUGGGCAAAGCGAACAUCAAAUUGUCAUUUACCUACGAAUUGCCCGGUGGAAAUUCUGGGUUCUUGUUACCAGCGUCUGAGAUCAAACCCGUUGGUAUCGAGACGUUCGAGGCUCUCAAAGUGACCCACCAAUACGUCACGUCGAAAUACUCUUCGCAUUAGUGAAAUUGAAACUGUAGGCUUGUUGUAAAGGGUGCGACCAUUUCGAUUUUGUAUCGCGGAAAGCAGUAAAAGUCCCAAAAUAAAUUACGUCAAAUUGUUUUCGUA